UUGUCAAUUCCCGCAUUUUGAAUUUUGCACAAAAUUGCGAUUUCGUGUAUGUGCUUAUACCUACAACUUCUAAAAUACAUACAAUAAACAAUAGAAUUGCUCUCCAGUUUAAUUAGAUAAUGGCCAAACAAGGUGUCGUUGGUUUUGUUAUGGAUUUCUACUAUGAUCCAUUCAAAUGGUCAAUAGUGAAGAGUGUUGGUUUCUUCUCAUUGGGUGUUUUAAUCGCCAGUGAGUGCCAAGGCCUAGAAGUGAUGCCAGCUGUUCCGCAAUAAGUGAUUUGUUCAGUGAACUUAGAACUGUAAACAUGUUUCAGUAUAUACUUAUUAGUUUGUUCCUAGCACAAAGUGUUUUGUGUGACACUAGAAAACCCAACUUUGUUAUAUUUCUCACCGACGAUCAAGAUGCCGUUUUGGAUGGAAUGAGCCCAAUGAAGAAUGUGCAACGCUUUAUUGCUAAUGAAGGAACUACAUUUUUGAAUUCAUAUGUGACGUCACCAAUAUGCUGUCCGAGCCGCGCGAGUAUGCUCACCGGGCUACACGUCCACAACCAUCUGACGCUCAACAACAGCGCUGCAGGUGGCUGCUACGGCCGCUCCUGGCGGAAACUCGAGCCGCGUACCUUCGCCAACUCGCUGAAGAAUGUUGGCUAUAAUACCUUCUACGCUGGGAAGUAUUUGAAUCAGUACGGAGUGAGGGCGAUGGGUGGUCCGGAGCAAGUUCCCCCCGGGUGGAGCGAGUGGCACGGCCUGGUGGGCAACUCUGUGUACUACAACUACACAAUAUCCAACAAUGGUGUACCCACACACUCCACGGAUCUCUACCUUACGGAUAUUAUUCGCGACCUCAGCAUCUCGUACAUCGAGAACCAGACGGAGUCGGCCCCGUUCCUGAUGAUGAUAGCGCCGCCCGCGCCGCACCAGCCCUUCACCCCCGCGCCCCGACAUAAGGGCGUGUUCAGCAACGCCAGCGUGCCCAAACAUCCCAACUUUAAUGUGGCUGCCACGGACAAACAUUGGCUCAUGCGGAUGCCUCCGUCUCCUCUACCGGAGUCGUUUGUGCCCCAACUGGAGGAUGUAUACCGCUCGCGUUGGGAGAGUGUGCUGGCAGUUGAUGAGAUGGUCGCCGACGUCAUAGAAGCUCUGGACACUAAGGCGUUACUGGACAACACUUACGUCAUAUACACGUCAGACAACGGCUAUCAUAUUGGUCAAUUCGCCCAAGUGUACGACAAGCGGCAGCCAUACGAGACUGACAUCAAGGUUCCUCUAGUCAUCCGUGGUCCGACUGUCCCUAAGAACUGUUCGAGCCAGCAGCCCAUAUCGAAUAUUGAUAUAGCACCAACCAUCAUGAAGCUAGCUGGUCUGCUACCGCCGGCGUCUUUGGACGGACGGCCGAUAUCAUUCGACGUACACGAUGUACCGGAGAGGAGCAUGCUCAUAGAAUACUAUGGUGAGGGGAGAGAUGGCACCGUCGAUGCUAGGUGCCCCUGGGAGUACGACAGUCGACAUCUAGCGCAAUGCUACCCGGAGUACGAGUGCAAGUGUCAGGACGCGACGAACAACACGUACGGCUGCCUGCGACACAUCUCCGACAGGAUCAACAUUAAAUACUGCGGAUUUGCCGAUGACGAGAACUUCCUUGAAAUGUACGACCUAUCGUCGGACCCUUACGAGAUGCGCAACAUAAUCCACCUGGCGCUGCCUUCUGUCCGUCACUGGUACAAGCUUACCCUCGCCGAGACGUUAGUGUGCAAGGGGUUCCGUAACUGCGACAAUCCGCUGGAGAACCCUAAAAUAUACGGCUAGUUUAUAUCGCAUUAACAACGUAGAUAGCGGACCUACGUUAUUUCAUAUUUGGUUGCAUUAUGUCAAGUCAAGCACGGAGCUUGAUAUAACCCGACUAAAUAGUUUCGUCGCUUACGUAGCAAUAUUGAUCUUUAGGGUCUAUUUUAUCCACCGAAAAAUGGCUUUGUUUGUUAACGUAUAGUUAACGUAUAGUUUGUUAUUAAUAUCGAGUUUACACCCUUUUAAUCUGUUUAAUAAUAAUAUUUUGCUUAUUGGAUCUGAUAUUAUAAAAACGCGGUUACCACAAGAGUUUAAAUAGAUUCGUUCAUAGUCAGUCUUUAACAAGUUAUUUAGUUUUAAUUCUUACAUCUUGUUAGUUACUUGCUUAAAAUAUUAGCUUAAUCGAAUGUAGAACCAAAGGAUUCCAAAUCUUGUUAAAACUUUUGUUAAUAAGUCAUUUAAGUUGUUAACAUUUUAACGCAUUCCACUAUUUUCCUAGAAUUCAAAUAAAGCUUGAAGAAUA